UCUCACUGAAGCAAGCAAACUCCAGCACCAGGAACAGGAUGUGGCCAUUUGUUAUUGUGAUAUGUCUGUUCCACGGAUUUGCCUAUUCCAAAGAACAAAUAAGAACAAAAAGAGCUACGGAUCCAGAAGCGUUUAUGAGUAUUAAUGAACUCAUUACCUACCAUGGCUAUUCCAGUGAGGAGUACAAAGUGCUGACAGAAGAUGGCUAUAUUCUUAGCAUUAACCGAAUCCAGCUUCGCACUAAGGAUCAGGGGAACUCAGAUUUGAAACCUGUGGUGUUUCUCCAGCAUGGUCUUCUGGGGGAUGGAAGCAACUGGAUCACUAACUUGGCCCACAACAGUUUGGGCUUCAUCCUUGCAGAUGCUGGCUAUGAUGUUUGGAUUGGAAACAGCAGAGGAAACAUCUGGUCCAGAAGUCAUCAAAAUCUAUCUGUAAACCAAGAAGAGUUUUGGGCUUUCAGUUUUGAUGAGAUGGCCAGAUACGAUCUUCCAGCUAUGUUGAACUUCAUUCUGCAGAAAACUGAACAACAACAAUUAUACUAUAUUGGCUACUCUCAGGGUGCUGCAAUCGCAUUCAUUGCAUUUUCGACAAUGCCAGAGUUGGCUAGAAAGAUCAAAAUGUAUUUUGCCUUGGCUCCUGUUACUAGAAUCAAAUAUGCCAGCAGCCCUGCUGUAAAACUUAUGCGCCUCCCAGAAAGAUUGCUCAGGGCUUUGCUUGGCAAAAAAGAAUUCCUCUCCCAAAACCGAUUAGUCAAAAAUAUUAUUGCUCGCUUCUGUAGCCAGUGGCCCUUUACUAGUAUUUGUGGAAAUAUCUUCUUCUUUCUUGGUGGAUAUAAUGUAAAAAAUAUGAAUAUGAGCCGAGUAAAUGUGUAUGCUGCUCGGACACCAGCUGGAACAUCUGCUCAAAAUAUACUGCAUUGGAGCCAGGUUUACCAUUGUAGAUUGUUCAAAGGUUAUGACUGGGGUGAUGAGGCCAAAAAUAAGGAGAAGCACAAUCAGUAUAUCCCUCCUGUCUAUAAAGUGGAAGAUAUGACUGUACCAACUGCCGUAUGGAAUGGAGGACAAGACCUGCUUUCAGACCCAAAAGAUGUUGCUAUAUUACUCUCCCAAAUUAAAAAUCUUGUUUACAGCCGUUCAAUUCCAGAAUGGGCCCAUCUGGAUUUCAUCUGGGGCCUGGAUGCACCUCAACGCAUGUAUAAUGAAAUAAUUGAUCUGAUGAAACAAAAUGCAUAAAUCAGUGCAAAAUCAUGGCAAUGAUUUAACAACAGUUUCAUGAUUUUAUUCACCAGCUGCAGUUUCUUGAAUUGUUCUUCUUUUAAAAACUGGCCAGUUUAUCCAAAUAAAUUUAGCAACCCUUUUACGAGAAAGCGGCCUUUGGUCAUAUGCUACAGACUGACGUAAUUGACCCAAAUCAAUUCUCUUGUUAUCACAAGGAUGAUUUACAAACUGUCAUCAACCCAGGCAGAAUUACAAGUUACACUCAAUAUGGAGCUCGAUAUGGAGCAAUGUUUGGUACAGGGACUCUAUGUAGGGAGACCUAUAAGAAAUCAUCAUUAAAAAGGGGAGGGGGAUUAAAAUGACUGAGAUGCAGCAGUUUAAAGAAUCUCCCUUGAAAGUGCAGUUUUCACAUUUCACAACCAUAAUUUGCACUCCCAUAACAUACCUCCAUUUUUGUUUCAAUUUCGAUUCUUUCAAAAAUAUAAGGGAAUUGCAUGAGUGUUACUCUUCCUAGUUUGAUUGAAAGUCUGUUUUAUAUUAAUAAUAUAACAUUUAUAUUAAUAUAUUAAAAGGAUAUUAUCAUCCCCAUUUUAAUCAAUUAUAAGUUGUGCAUUGAUUCUGUUUGAAAGACAGCUUUCCUUUGUUACAU